AGCCUCCUUCAUCCUCCCUUCUGUGCAUUUUUUUCAUCUUCGUUGUCCAUUGAAAAGGAUUACUGUUGCACUGUUUAGGGGAGUGGGAACCUGUGUCCUUUUGCAGUGACAGCACGGUUCCUCUUUCUUGUGUAACACUGUCAUAUUGCUUAUAUCCUAGAGUUUAUUAGCUGGCUUCAGUUUUCAGUUUGCUGGAUGCAUCAUACUCCGUCUAGAUUUCUUCGCAAGUUUCAGCAUUCAGGGAUUAUACUUUGUCACACUUGAAGUGGAAUGAACAAAGGGUGAUUGCUUCACUGUCCGCUAACUUUUUUUUAGAUUCUUGUUUGAAAUUAAAGCCUUCGACUUACCACCUACUAAGUGUGCAGCUUUCAGAAUGAAUGAAUGUUUUUCUGAUGAGGAUUGUACGGCUGCUUGGGGUUUUUUUUAGUAAAACAUUCUCUGAGAAUUAAAUAAAAGCCAGAAGACUUCAAGACCUUCAGACUUUAUUAUUAUUUUUUGUUAACAUUUAGGAAAAUGAUUGGUGCCUUUUGUGUUUGCAGGAUUUUUUUAUAAAUGUAAAAAUUAAUAUCAGAAGAAUACUUCCCAGCCAGUUUCAAGUACUGUGGUGUGGUUCUGUUAGAUUGUGAAAGGUAAGACUGGGAAAUACCUUUGUGUUUUCCACUGCUGUGUUUCCGGAUGAAACGAGCACUUGCUUGUGGAGUCUAUAACUGAGACUGCAGUCCACGUGUUUGCCAUUUUCUGUUCUCCGAGAUUCUGGCAUGCUUUUAAGCCCCAAACUGCCAGGACUGGUGGAGAUGUUACAGACUAUUUACGAAACUGAAUCAUGUUUCUCCUCGGAAGGGAUGUCAGCCAAAGAGCAAACGCUGGGUCUGCUUUCAGAGCGCAGGGCACAAGCCAUGUCAUCCCCAGUUGUGGAAGUAAAGCCUGUUUCCCCCAUAACAAUGCAGACCGCUGGCAGUGGCAGCAGUGGUGGAAGCAACAGCCCAGUGGAUAUUAGCACCGAUGUUCGAGUAGCAGUUUCAAGUGUGGACCCUAUUCUGCGUGAACAACAGCUGCAGCAUGAAUUACUACUGUUGAAACAUCAGCAGCAGCUACAGAAGCAACUGCUCUUUGCAGAGUUCCAAAAAAAGCAUGAACAUCUCACACGACAACAUGAAGUACAGCUACAGGAACACCUUAAGCAACAACAAGAAAUCCUGGCCAUAAAACGGCAGCAGGAAUUGGAGCAGCAGCGUCGACGAGAACAGCAGAAACAGGAAGAAUUGGAGAAACAGAGGUUGGAGCAGCAGUUGUUGUUACUGAAGAACAAGGACAAAGGCAAAGAAAGUAAGCAGCUAAUCCCAGGUCAGGGUGCGAUAGCCAGCACAGAGGUGAAAUUAAAGCUGCAAGAAUUCCUUCGGAGUAAAUCAAAAGAAACUACCCUCAGUGGACUCAACCAUUCCCUCUCUCAGCACCCCAAAAGCUGGGGAGCACAUCAUACCUCACUGGACCAGAGUUCUCCUCCACAGGCAGGCACUCCUGGCACACCUCCAUCCUACAAAAUGCCAGUGCUUGGAACAUACGACAGUAAAGAUGAUUUCCCACUACGUAAAACAGCCUCUGAACCUAACUUGAAGGUACGAUCAAGAUUAAAACAGAAAGUGGCAGAGAGGCGGAGUAGUCCAUUAUUACGAAGGAAAGAUGGCACAGUCAUCAGCUCCUUUAAAAAGAGGGCCAUUGAAAUUACAGUAUCGUCAGUUUGUAGCAGUGCCCCAGGGUCUGGCCCCAGCUCCCCGAACAGUUCACACAGCGCUAUUGCAGAAAACGGCUUCACAGGCUCUGUACCCAACAUUCAUUCCGAGCAAGCACAGCACCGAAACCUAAAUACAGAUAGCACGACAAGUCCACUCACCCUAUACACCUCGCCUUCACUACCAAACAUCUCAUUGGGACUGCCAGCAACAGCCACAGUGACGAACGCCAGUGCAUCUCCAAGUUUAUCAAGCCAGCAAGAAGCAGAAAGGCAGGCAAUUCAGUCGUUACGUCAGGGUGGAGCUCUGACAGGGAAGUUCAUGAGUACGACUUCACUGCCUGGCUGCUUGCCGGGUUUGGGUCUAGAUGGAGAGGUCAACAAUCAUAACCAUCCUUCUCUUUUGCAACAAGUUCUUUUGCUGGAGCAGGCUCGGCAGCAGGGUGCCCUCAUAACUACAGUACCGUUACAUGGUCAGUCUCCAUUGGUGGCGGGAGAGAGAAUGUCUACAAGCAUGCGGGCUGUGAACAAGCUUCCACAUCACCGUCCCCUGAGUCGAACACAGUCAGCACCCCUUCCGCAGAGUCCGCAGGCACUUCAACAGCUUAUUAUACAGCAGCAGCAGCAGCAGCAACAGCAGCAGUUUUUAGAGAAACAGAAGCAAUACCAGCAGAUCCAGCUCAGCAAGAUCCUCAUCAAAACAAGUGAGUUACCUCGUCAGCCUACAUCACAUCCUGAAGAGAUAGAGGAAGAACUGACAGAGCAGCAAGGUAUGCUGGAAGACCAGGAAUUAACAAAAGGAAUGGAAGGACAAGAUAAUGAUGAUAGGUUAGCAAGCGAGGAGCCCAGUGAGGAACUGGAUAAUGACUGCACACAAGUGAAAGAUGAAACAGGAGAGAGCUAUGACGAAGAAGACGAUGACGAGGAGGAGCAGUCAGACUCCAGAGACGUGGAGGAGUUGGCCCUAAAUUAUAAUCCGCAGUUCCUGGAGCAGCAAUGUCUGCAGCAGCUACACAUUUACCAGACCUCACUCGCUGUGGGAGGACUGCCUCACCGGCCCUUGAGUCGAGCUCAGUCCUCACCUGCUGCUGCUAACUUGAAGACCACAGCAGUUGUUGAAAAUCCAGUCAAGCAUCUUUUCACUACAGGUUUAGUCUAUGACACCUUCAUGUUGAAACACCAGUGCACAUGUGGGAACACUAACAAUCAUCCUGAACAUGCUGGCCGAAUACAGAGCAUUUGGUCACGGCUUCAGGAGACAGGUCUGCUUAGCAAAUGUGAGCGAAUCCGUGGAAGAAAAGCCACCCUGGAUGAAAUCCAGACAGUUCACUCAGAACAGCACACAUUGCUCUAUGGAACAAAUCCCUUAAACAGACAGAAACUGGACAGCAAGAGGCUGCUGGGUCCAGUUACACAAAAGAUGUAUGCAGUGCUGCCCUGUGGAGGUAUUGGGGUGGAUAGUGACACAGUGUGGAAUGAGAUGCAUUCCUCCAGUGCAGUGCGGAUGGCAGUUGGUUGUGUCAUUGAGCUGGCAUUUAAAGUAGCAUCCGGUGAACUCAAAAAUGGGUUUGCCAUAGUCAGACCUCCUGGACAUCAUGCAGAAGAAGCUACAGCCAUGGGGUUUUGCUUUUUCAAUUCUGUAGCCAUUGCCACCAAGCUUCUACAGCAGAAACUGAAUGUUGGGAAAGUCCUCAUAGUAGAUUGGGACAUCCAUCAUGGAAAUGGGACACAGCAGGCAUUCUAUGACGAUCCUAAUGUUCUCUACAUCUCGCUGCAUCGCUAUGAUGAUGGGAACUUCUUUCCGGGCAGUGGAGCUCCUGAGGAGGUUGGAGCUGGCGCAGGAGUUGGCUUUAAUGUGAACAUUGCCUGGACAGGUGGAGUUGAGCCGCCAAUGGGAGAUGUGGAGUACUUAACAGCAUUCAGAACAGUUGUGAUGCCAAUAGCUUUUGAGUUCUCUCCAGAUGUGGUAUUGGUGUCUGCCGGGUUUGAUGCUGUAGAAGGACAUCUUUCUCCACUUGGUGGCUACUCCGUAACUGCAAAAUGUUUUGGUCAGUUGACCAAACAGCUGAUGAAGCUCGCUGGAGGACGUGUGGUUCUUGUCUUAGAGGGAGGCCAUGACCUUACAGCAAUCUGUGAUGCAUCAGAGACUUGUGUAUCUGCAUUACUUAGUAAUGAGCUGGAUCCGAUUCCUGAAACAGUUCUUCAAAACAACCCAAAUCCCAAUGCAGUGGCUUCACUGGAGAAGGUCAUUGAAAUCCAAUCAAAACAGUGGAGUUCUGUACAACGGUAUGCUUCUACUGUUGGAUGCUCAUUGACAGAGGCGCAGAAACGGGAAGAGGAUGAGGCAGAGACAGUAACAGCCAUGGCAUCUUUAACAGUAGACAACACAGAACAAGCAAAAAGUGAAAACAACUCCAGGCAAACAGAUGAACCAAUGGAAGAGGAGCCAGUCUUGUAAAGUGCCAACACUCACCAUGCAUCCUUCACUGCUGCAUUGUGGUUUUGUCCUUGUGAAUUUUAUUUUACCAAAAUGGAGUUUGAAACGUGGUGUUUUCCUGUGUCUGCUUUUGAAAAGAAAAAGGUUGUAUCAACAAUUUUUUUUCAAAAAAAUAAAAAUUAAAAAGGAAAAUGCAAAACAAACUGUGUCGACCAAAGGAGGGACCUGAACUGCAUCAGUGGCCGACAUUAUAAAGCAUGAAAACCUGGACAGUGUUGUGAAGGUUCUGGCCUGGCGAGUCUUGGUAACCAACAGAUGCUGUACGGAGGAUUCUAAAAUGGCCAGUCUCCAUGGCAGAGAGGACCAUAGGCAUUCUUCUGAAAGUUUUGACAUGGCCUGGUUCUAUAGCCAGCAGAAAUCUGGAUGCCAUUCUGAUGGUUCUGACUCAACCCAGUUCAUGGUAGACAGAAGCCUGGAUGGAAAAGGAAUGUUUCUGAUUAGACCUGACUAAGUCAGUGACUAAACGGAAGCAUGAAGAUUGUACUGAAAGAUGAAUUUUCAUGUCUCUUGAGAGAUAAAAUGCUUUAAAGGAGUUUUCUCCAAUUAAACAGAAUGGGAUAUUUGCAAUUUUUCUCUAGUAGCCUGGGUGUGACCCAAACUUUCUGGUCUCCAAGGUACAUGUAAUCCUUCAUAUGUUAUUGAAGUUGUUCUCCAGGAUGUCUGACGAGGAACUUUUUUGUGCCUUUGAAAGUGUGUGCUGUUUGUUUUGAAAUGCCUUAAUUUCUGUGCGGUUUUGACAUUGGUUGAGUAAUUAUAAGCGACAUUUACCACGUGUUCGCCACAACCAGAAACCCAGAAAGCAUAGACUUUAUCCCCCAGCACAUCACCCUUGUUAUGUAACUAUUCUGAAAAAAAAUGUGUAUCAUAUAUGUUAAUGACCAAAAUGUUUGUUAAUGUUUUUUUUUUUCUUUUCAGAAGUCUUUUGUGUUGUUCCUUUUUUUUCCUGUAAAUAGGUGGUUAAUGGUGUUGUUAGUGGAUCCUCAUGUCAGAGACACCUGGGCUUAUCCCUUUCCUUUCUGUUACUUCAUUAGACUUUUUUUCAAGUAUUAGAUCAAAAGGUAUAUAAUUUUAAUACAGAUGUAUUAUUUAACAGUCCUAUUUUUAUGUUUGUUUGUGUUUUUUUAAAGAAACUACAGCACACUUUGUUUUAAAUGGGGGUCAGAAGCUACAAUCUUGUUAUGUUUUUAUAUCACUGCAUUGCUGGACUUCAGUGGUAGGAAAAGGGGCACUGCUAUUUGGUCCGUUUUUCAGACUGCAUAUUUUAUGGUUAAGGUUUUAACCAGCCAGCCAUAAGUUGCAGAUGCUUUUGUCAUUAUAUAUAAAGAAACAUUUCCAGUUUUUUAUAAUAUUCUGAGCACAAUAUUAAAUAGAAAUAUAUGAAGUCUAUGUUGUAACUUAUCAUUAAAAAUUACAAAGAAAA